UUUGGAAAAAAGAAAAAAAAAAAAAAAUGUUUACAUUUAGUCUAAGUCGAUGCUUGUAUUAAUUCUGUAUUGGCUAAGGACAUAACCUGUUUUACUAAAGUGUGACGAAUGUUUCAUUGCUUCGUUAGCAGCUGUAUUCAUAAAACGUGUUGCAACUAAACAGUUAAAGGGAUAUGACAUAAAUAAUACAUUUGUGGAAGCAAAUUAACUGGUAAACAUAUUGAACUUUUCAAAUUUUUUAAAAGGAUUCUCAUUCGAAGGAGUUGCAUUUUAUCAUGGCAGAUAAUAAUGCAAUUACUCUUGAUCAUAUAAAUGCAUUUUUUUCAUUGGAUGUGCCACUUCAGCAACUGAAUAUUGUUCCAACUGCAACAGGUGGGGCUGGAAUCAAUAAUAUUGAACAAUUUCCACCUCCAAGACAGUCUACUCCCAGCUGGAGGAAGGGAGGAACGGAAUAUGUGAAACAAAUUCUAGACAGAGAUAGAGAAGCUGAAAGGAGACGGAGCCAACAAAAUCUAAUGAUUAAUUCAACAUUAAGUGUCAAUACACUUGACGAUGUAGAGUCAACUAUUAUUGGUGGAGGAGGACCUGCUUUAGAUGAUUUACAAGAGGAAACAACACAACAGAUCUAUUCAACUUAUUUUAAUGUUCCUAAUAGAACAUAUGAUCCUGAUCUUACUAUUACAAGUUACAGAGAAGAGAUUCUUCAGCAGCUAAACAUACAUCCUGUUGUUAUUAUCCAAGGACCAACUGGAUGUGGAAAAACUACACAAGUACCCCAGUAUAUUCUUGAUUAUCACCAAUCAAAAGGAGUUUAUUGUAAUAUUAUUGUAACUCAACCUAGGAAAAUUGCUGCAAUCAGUAUUGCAAGACGAGUUUGUCAAGAAAGAAAAUGGCAGUUAGGAAGCAUAGUUGGUUAUCAGGUGGCUAUGGAUUCUAAGACAUCGACUGAUACCAGAUUGUCUUAUGUAACAACAGGUGUUUUCUUAGAAAAAUUAGUUACUGCCAAAAGAAUGGAUAUGUAUACUCAUGUGAUAAUUGAUGAGGUACAUGAAAGAAAUCAAGAUAUUGAUUUUGCUCUUUUAUUGGUUAAAAAAUUCUUAAAAACUAAUUCACAGAGAGUGAAGGUUAUUUUAAUGUCUGCUACAUUUGAUUCAUCAGAAUUUGCUCGUUAUUUUUCAUUUUCUUCUCGAAGUGAUCCUGCUCCUAUUUUGGAAAUAACUGGAAAAUCCAAAGAUGUGACUGAGCACUAUCUACAUGAGUUAUCUACUCUUUUGCCAACGAUACCUGUUUUUGACAUGGAUCAUCCUCGUUUAGAGCCAUGCCUAUUUGAUGUUGUCUUGAAACUGAUAUUCAUCUUUGAUAGAAUAGAAAAAGCCGAACAACAGGUACCCAAUGAUAGUAAUUUUGCACCUUCUAGAGGAGCUGUGCUGAUUUUUCUUCCUGGUUAUGAAGAGAUUUGUGCUCUAACAAAUAAGCUCCAAACAGCAAGCUUUAAUAAUAAUUUUUGGAUUAUUCCACUUCAUUCUACUAUAACUGUUGAGGAACAAACAAAAGUUUUCCGAAAGGCAUCUCCUGAUCAAAGAAAGAUUAUUAUAUCCACCAAUAUUGCUGAAAGUUCAAUCACUGUGCCAGAUGUAAAAUAUGUGAUUGAUUUCUGUUUGACAAAGAAUUUGAUUACUGAUCCUAUUUCAAAUUAUACUUGCUUGAAGUUAGAAUGGGCUUCAAAAUCCAAUUGUGUGCAAAGAAAAGGCAGAGCUGGAAGAGUUGAUAUCGGAAAAGUUUAUAGAUUGGUCCCAUUGGCAUUUUACAAUAAAUUACCUGAAUAUAGCAUUCCUGAAAUAAAGCGAUGUCCACUUACCAACACUAUUCUUCACAUAAAGAAAUUAAAUCUUUGUGAACCUCAAGAAAUGCUGGCUUAUGCUUUAGACCCUCCUGACAUAUAUGAUAUUGGAAAUGCUAUCCAGCAGUUGAAAGAGGCAUUAGCUUUAACUUCAAAAGGAACUGAUCCAUUUGACGGAAAUUUAACCUUCGUUGGCAGAGUUAUGGCAAAUUUGCCAUUGGAUAUCAAACUGAGCAAGUUGAUUAUUUUUGGAUAUGUAUUUCAUUGCUUGGAAGAAUGCAUUAUAAUAGCUGCAAGUUUGUCAUUACAAAGUUUCUUUGCGAGAUCAUUUCAAAAAGAUCUUGAUGCUUACAGAUCAAAACUUUCUUGGACAGAUGGUACUUUUAGUGACUGUUUAUGUUUCUUGAAUGCAUACAAAUUAUGGAAGCAAAUGUCAGUGCAAGGACAGUUUAAAAGGCCUGGUGGUCUUCGUGAAAAUAAUUGGGCUAUAUUGAAUUUUAUUCAGAUAAGAAGAAUAAAGGAAGUUGAUUUACUUGUUAAGGAAAUAAAAAAUCGAUUGGAAAAACUUAAUAUUUUUGUUGAUCGUCGUGAGCGAUUUGCAAAUGCUGAAGAGUCCAACAUACUUAUUUUAAAGAUGGUCAUAGCUGGGGCAUUCUUCCCAUAUUAUUACAUUCAGCAGCCAUUGGAUGAAGUUCAAGUUAGUAAAGAUCUUAAUGAGAAUGACCCACGGUCUACUGUACUAGUUACUGGACUUCCACCAAAACAUGGUAUUUUAUAUGCAACUGCUUUGAAAGAAAUGUUCGCUUGCUGCGAUGAAAACAUAUCAAUUGAAUUUGAAGGGUGCAAAGCCUACAUUAAAUUCAUGACCAAUAAUGAAAGCAAUGAAUCUCUUGUGAAGAAAGCGGUGUAUAUGGCUCUCAAGAUGAGGAAACUGCGAAUGAAAUUAUCACUGGCACUUUUUAGUCCUGAAGAAGCUGAACGUAAAACAAGACAAUUAUUAUCUUCAAGAAGUAGCUCAUCUGAUAAUCUUUUUCAAUCUUCUAAUAGAAUUACUGUUUCUGAAGAAACAACAUACAAAGAGCAUCCUUUACCUACUCUGGUACAGUCUCAUAUUCACAUUCUGAUAACACAGGUAAAUAAUUGUGGAACUUUUUGGGCUCGAUCUGUCACGGAUGAUGCAAAGGAAGUUAUUAAUUUUUUGCAAACUACUAUAAAUAUGCAUAAAGGGAAAGAUCUUAAGCCUUUAACCCGAGAACCUAAAUUUAAUGUGCUUUAUUUAGCACCAUAUGCUGAAGGCAGUGAAGAACCACUGUAUUACCGGGUCCGAAUCUUGGAAAUAAAGUCUAAUAAAGUUUCUGUUUUUUAUGUGGAUUUUGGCAAUGUGGAGUGCAUUGAUAUUUCUGAGCUAAGACUGAUUCCAAGAUCAACACCAGAUGUACUUCAUACAGAAUGUUUGGCUUUUGAAUGUCAUUUAGCUGAAAUAAAGCCUUCAUCAUAUAAAAAUCCAAGUGGACAAUGGUCUCCUGAAGCAAAUAUGUGGUUCAAGACUCAAGUUAGUGGUCAAAAACUGUUUGCUAAAGUGUAUUCUGUUGUCCAAAAUGUUAUAAGAGUGGAAUUAGUAACACGGGCUGAGGAUGGUCAAAUUAUUAGUCUCAACAAAUCAUUGAUUGACCUAGAAUAUGCUGAACGAGCAGAAGAAAGUCUUGCAUCCAAACAAAAUCAUGAACAACGUGACAAAAUUGCUUCGUAUAAAUCAUCCAACUCAAUCAUUUUUGAGAACAACAUAGCCAAAGACUUUGAAGUUUCAUGGAGGGAAGCAAAGAAUUAUAAUGACAUUACAAAAACUGGAAGAACUAUAGAACUUAGAGGACCAUAUAAUCCUCUUGAAGUUAGUUACUGUGGUUUAUCCAAUGUUGAUCGUUUCAAGAGUGUGAAAAUUGAACGUGACAGUGUUAAUUCUGUGUCUCUGAAUGCCCAAUAUCAAGAUACAUAUAAUAGUAUGUUAGUUGCAUCUCGUGUUGGUGUGGGUCAUAAUACUGGUGAAUUGAUACUCAGAAAUACUACAUUGCUACCAAAACUGCGAGGCCUUCCAUCUAUAGUUUGUUUGUUGUUUGCACCGUAUGCUGAAUUCAGAACUGAUAAAGCAAGGAAGUCCUACACUGGUGCAUUGUGUGGUUUAGGAUUUAAUCCAAUGACUGGAGAACCUCUGUACCCUGAUCAUGAUAUAGAAAUUGCAUUUGAUGUUGAAAUAAAUUUGGAGGAUAUUAUGCAAAUAAAUUCAAUUCGAAUGGCUUUCAAUUUGCUCUUGCAUAGUGACUGUGAUGCACUUCAAUAUCAAACCAAUCCUGUUUCUCUUAUUCAUGAAGAAACACGAAAGACAAUUAUUAACUUGCUUCUGAAAAAAAGAACCCCAAUGGAGCCAAAAUACUACCACAGACCUGGUCGGUGGAAUCAGAUCCCACAAGAUCAACUUCUAGAUGCACAAUCAGAAGAGGGAGCUAAUGAUCAUGAUGUGCUGCCUUUACAUAGAUCUGCUGCUCUUGUUACUUUUGAAAUGGAUGAGGACUUAACCGAACAUCUAAAUAAUCUUUACAAAAUGGUGAAGUAUGGAAUUAGCACAGAAUAUAAACUGAUUCGAUGUAAGUUGUGUUCUGUGGAUCUUCGGUCUACCAGAGACUUACUUUUGCAUUUGGAUUCUGAUAAGCAUGUGAAAAAAGAAUCUUCACUUCAUUGCAAGAAGCGAUAGUGAUGUAAAGUAAAGUUACAAGUUGUAAAUUGUUCACAUCUAUGAAUUAUUUUGUGUACCACCCCUUAAAAGUGACUAUGAUACUUUCAUAUUAGUUGUUAGAUUCUCCACAUCUAUUUCAUUUUGUAAAAUAUCUCAUACUUUUGUAUAAAAUGAAAUAAAAAUAUUUCAUGCCAAUUAA